AUGAACCCGCCCCCCGGAAGCCCCGAGCCUGAGUACCAGCAAAUCUGGGAGGAAGGAGAGCUGCACCGUCUUCUUCAACACUCGAUGCCUAAGCUCGCAGAGCGCUUGAACGAGGAACUCGCCAACAACCCCGAAUUGAGCGCGCGCUGCAUCGAUUCAGUUGACCAAGAACUGAAGGUCGAUGAUACCCAGUCGCCGCACACCAAUGGCUUGGAGGUGAUUCAUGAGGAUAAAAGUGAGCAGGGUGUAGACUGUCCCGAAGCGGAAGAGUCAGUCGAAUCCCUUGCGAUGGCUGGGAUACCAAUUGAAGCACCUUUCCAGACCACUGCUGCUCAACAACAUAAUCAGGAAAACAUUCCACCUGUGCGCGGACGAUUCUAUUCAACCAGCGCCAACGAUUCGCCUGAGCCUCUGCUGGCCCCGCCAUCCUCCCCUGUCGCAAAACACCUUCACGACUCCUCCCAUAUCAAUGGAACUAAGUAG